GGUAGGAAGGGCUUUUCUAUUUCAGUGUUUUUCCUGGGGAAACUGAGGCUCAGGGUGUGAGAGGACUUCCCUGAUUGUAUCUGGAUGGGAACCCCUACCUGAGCCACUGUCCUUCCAGGCACAGCAUGCCUGGUCUCCAUGCCCACCUGAAGCUGUCACUUCUGUGAGUCUCUUUUUCCCUGAAUGCGCUCUUAUCUCUUGCAGGGCUGAGGCCACCCUUUGUGCUGGUAGGCAGUCUGCACUUGUUCCUUUCAGGCCCCUGGCGAGCAAAAGCAGACAUUCUAAAAAGCAGCAAUUAUCGCUCCUGGUUCCUUUGUACAGAGCUCUGUAAAUAAUUUAUUUGGAUUUGAGGGUCUGGAGAUGGAAACACACAUCUAACCUUUUGGUAACCAGGCGAAUACAGAGUCUGGAACUUAAAGGCAAGUAGAAAACAAGCGAGAAUGAAACGUGUCUCUUUGAAAUCAGAGAAGACAACAAGACCUCAGAGCCCAGGCGGGAGGCUGGAGUUGGCCAGGCUGCAGCUGUAAGGAACUUUUCUCAUGACAUUUAAAGGUCACUCGAGGGGUUUCCACAACCAUCUCGUGAGCCCCUAUAGCUAAGAUUUUGGAGCAACUGUCUGAAGUUGGAAGACACAGACUUGCCCUGGGGCUGGUCCCAAACUCCUCCUGCUGCACUCAAUACCUGCACCAAACAAAGAAAAUUGUGUUUGCCAGGCUGGCUUGCUGAAGUCACAAGAUUCCCAGUAUUGCACAGUGCUCCGGAAUGCCUGUAAAACCUCCCGAGGAGGGGAAGGCUGUGCACCCCACCUUUCAGAUAACCGCAUUUAGUACCAGCCUGAAAAACCAUGUGAUGGUCUCGGACUUGGUGAAGAGGGGCUGGCUUCCUUCCCAGAGAAGAGCCAAAGUUUGUUUCAUCCACACGUGUCCCAGCCUGAAGGUGACUGAGCAGCCAGCGAGCGGAUAUGAGGCAAGCGCUGGGAGAGCAUGUGGUCCCGGAGGCAUGGAAGCCCACUGAAGUAGAGUUAAAGGAGACACUGGCAUCACAGAACACAAGAAUGAUAUCACCUGUGGUCAUUUCCCGGCUGAUUGAUGAAAAGAAAUCUAUGGAAAAUGGAGCAAUAUUGCCACAAGCCAUUGCUCAGCCUCAGCUGUGUCCCACAAAGCCAGCUUUGGCCAGGCGCGAUGGAGUGAGCAUGCACAGGCGAUUUGCUUUAUCUCCAGACAGACUGGGAAUUUUGACUCCAUCAGAUGAUCAAGGACUGGAGACAGAACCGCUGUCUACAGGGGACAAUCUAGGCAAAGGUUCCCACAGCGGUUUCUCGUCUAUCACCAUUACUGCCCGACGUGUGGGCCCUCCAGCCAGCAGCUUGGUAUGGGACACUUUUAGGGACCCACUGUGUCCCAAGUGCAAAGCCAAGGAUGCUCUGUUCCAAGAGCCCCCAGUUCUGGCUGGUGAUGCCCAUCUCUGUCAGCACAAUAGACCCUUCACCUGUACAGAGUCCCCCAGCAAUGGCUCCGUAGAGGGGAUGAAGGUUUUCCAGGCUCACUCAAGGCUGAGUGCAAGGCAGGACUACUGGGUCACCCACACGAAUGACAAUGAGGACAGUUUUUCUUCAGACAAUUCACCAUCGAGAAAAGUCCCACUGGUGUUCAGUUCUUGUGUCCACUUCCGGGUGUCUCAGCAGUGUCCCAAUGCCAUUUACUAUUUGGACAAGUCUCUUUCUGUUCCCCUUGAGCGACCUCAAAUUGCUAGCCCCAAAAUGCACAGGUCUGUCCUGUCUCUCAGCCUCCGCUGUAGUUCCCACCAGUUAACAGCAGAUGGAGUAGACAGCUCAGCUAAUGGAGAGCCAAUCAGCACAGCUCUAUCACAGGAACUCUCGGAGGGAAAGCAGGACCUCCUAGGUCCACAAUGGGGCCAGCCACAAGGUGGUCACUGGAAGGAGAGCCCAGCAUUGGUGCCAGUACAUUUGGGGAGUGGCACAUGCCCUCGGACUGGCUCCCCUCCACUGGAAAAUGUCAAAUUUGCAGACGUGGGAAGGAACCAGGUCCCAGUACGAAAGGAGAAAGAGGACCAUGCAACAUGUACCAGUAGCAGCCACACCAACCAACUCUCCAUCCAUAUUCCCGGCUGGAGUUACAGGGCUGAAACAAAAGUACUUUCUGGAAGCAAGAAGCAGCAGCAAGAAGCACAAAGAACUCUUCCUGCUUUCCCAGUGGGACAGAAGACCAUUAAACACUUCCCUCCUGAAGGGGACAGUUCACCAAGCAGUGAUGGUCAACCUAGCAUCCUUUCAGAGUCCAAUGAGAGGCAACACCCAUACUUCAUGAUACCCAGAGUCCCUCUGCCUGGGUUUUAUUGCCCUUUACAAACUGGGUGUGCCUCUCUGCAGGAAGAUGGUGCUGUUCAGAUAGAAACACACUUCCCCAAAGAUUACACGUGCUGUGACUUGGUUGUAAAACUAAAGGAAUGUGAGAAGAACGAAGACCCCACUGUCACCCCUGAGCCCUCACCAGCAACCCCCUCUCCAUCAACCCCAGAGGGAGCACAGAGCUCUGACCCAUCAGAAGAUAGUUACGAGCCUCUGCUGGCAAGUUCUAUGACUUUGCAGGAAGCACUGGAAGUCCAUAGACCUCAGUUCAUUUCUCGCUCACAAGAACGGCUGCAAAAGCUUAAGCGCAUGGUACAGCAAAGGAAAACCCAACAAAAGGAGAGCCUGGGGCAGAAGCAGAGCCUACUUCCUGUCCGCGCCAACAAGAAGCAGUUCACCAUUCCCCAUCCUCUUAGUGAUAACUUGUUCAAACCCAAAGAAAGAUGCAUUUCAGAGAAGGAGAUGCAUAUGAGAUCUAAAAGAAUCUAUAAUAAUUUGCCGGAAGUUAAAAAGAAAAAAGAAGAGCAGAAGAAAAGAAUGAUCUUACAGAGUAACCGGCUCCGAGCAGAAGUCUUCAAAAAGCAAUUACUGGACCAGCUCCUUCAAAGGAAUGCAGUUUGAUCCCAGGUGGCUCUGCUAGCCCUGGAUCUGGGAACACUUCUGACGACGACGCUGGAUGGAUGAACCAUUACAUUUAACACUAUCUCCACACGUGCAAGACACCUUUACUUUACUCCUGAUUUUUCUUUUUCCCACAAAGGAAAUGUCACUUUCUGAAUGUCCCAAACAGAAGCAACAGUCCGGCAGGCAAUGGAUCAGCAGUCCAUUGCUGGGACUUCAACACCUCGGGACCUACCAGAUUUAGUCCCUUCCAACUUCCUUGGCUUGUGAAUUUUACCCAUUGCUUCUGAAGUUUCCAUUGUACCAAUUCCACCCAAGCAGGAAAGCUUCAUAUACUCACGUGUGCUUGGAUGCUUGUUUUUUUUUUUUUUUUUUGGGGGGGGGGGGAGGGACAUUUUUUUUUUUUUUCCAAAAUUUUUGCAAAAGUCUACCACAUUUUAACUUCAAAUCCCAUGGCUGCCAGUUCUGAACUUUAAGUCAAAGUUCGUGUUCUGUACACAUCCUGGAGUGUCAGAGGCUGAUUUUGAGAGGGACGGAUGGAGAGGCAGAACACAGAAGAAGCAGAAGAGACCUCUGCCUCUCUGCUGCCCCACCCACAGGGCCUGCCUUUGUUAGCCAGAGCACCUGUUUCAGUGGGAGCCAGGAGAAUGACUGAGUAAAGCUGACAGCAUCUUCACCACCCACGCACAGAAGUUAUCUUGACCAAAUGGCCUAUUGGUACCUACUCUUAAUUUAUUCUUUCAAGCACUCCCCCUAAAUAUGUAUUUGUGGAGUUAAGAACAGAUUAGUUUUUGCAACCAACGUGGAAAUAAAAACAGUUAUUUGAAAUGCAA